AUGCUAGAAUCCCGAGGAGACUAUGGCCGGUGGUGGAGAUUAUUUUGUAUGCUGACGGUGGCGGCUACACGGCGGAGGCCUGCACACUCGACUUCGACAUUGCCAUCUUCAACAAGAAGGUCUCCUUCGCCGGCCAAGAUCAGUAUAUGGUGGCGGGCUGGCGGAACCUUUUCCCACUGCUCCCGGAGGCGUCAAGGGCGUCAAGCCCUCCGCCGUGAUCGGAUGGGGCUCCCAGGUUCAUUUCCAGCUUUGCUUUGCUUCCUCACUGUGCAGUUUCUCUCCUAUCUGUCCAGAUUUGCUAUGCCUCUCUCUACUGUUAUUCUACUGAAUAUUGUUCUUGGAGCAUCAAAGCAAAUUGCUUGA